UUAGUUUUAACCUCUUCAACUUCUUUUCCUUUCUGUCAAGGAACUUGAAAGGGCAGAUUGAACAUCGAAGUCUCUGACUCUUUGUACAGCUGGUGUGGUGUGUGUCUAUAUAUAGAGAGUUGGUUUUGGUCCUUAUACACAGAAAAUGGGCAUCAAAAUCUCUUUCAGUUGUUUCUAUUCUAUGUACAUAUUGUGUGUUUUUCUGGGAACCCAAGAUUCUGCACAGGGAAGGUUGUUAUUGAUCAAGAAACCAGACCCAAAUGAUGCUGCUGCAACAGCUCGCUGGCUUGUUUCCCAGAAUUCUUGGGGAGUGUUGAAUACCAUUUCAACAGAUUUGGGAGGAGCACCCUUUGGGAAUGUUGUUUCAUUUAGUGAUGGGCUACCUGAUAAAGGCCGUGGCGUCCCAUACUUCUAUUUGACUACUCUUGAUCCAACUGCGAGAAAUGCAUUGAAAGACCAGAGGUCUUCACUCACAAUCAGUGAAUAUCCUAUAGGAACUUGUGGCAAAAGAGACCCUGAGAAUCCCGCUUGUGCAAAAAUUACCCUGACAGGAAAGUUGAAGUUACUCGAAGGAAACUCUAAGGAAGUGGAAUUUGCUCGAAGUGCCCUGUUUACUAAACAUCCUGAGAUGGAAGGAUGGCCUAAAGGCCACAACUUCCAAUUCUUCAAAUUAGACAUUGAAGAUAUAUUUUUGAUCGAUUGGUUUGGUGGUCCUAAACCUCUUACAAUAGAUCAAUACCUCCAGUGUAAUAAGAACGAGGUUGCCGCUAUUCGCUGAAUACACCUCUGAUCUCCCUUCCUCCUGGGUGAUUGUCGUGGAUUGUGAAUGCAAAAUGUGUAUAAAAACUGCAGUGUAAAUAAGCAGAGACAAUUGUUGUAUCAUGUGUAAAUAAGAUAAGACAAUUGUUCUGUCAUUUUUUUCUAAACUGCAACCAUUGUUCUUUUAUAUCCUAUUAUCUGCUGAAAAUAAGCAGAAAUAUAUUGUUUAUUGUUGUGAAAGUUGUCCCUGUAUACCCAUUGAAGUAUUUUCUUGUAUUUGCUAUAGAAGUUGGGUAGCUCGAUUGAUGAGAUA